AUGAAGUCCACGCCAGCAUUUUCUUUCAACGUAAAGCUCCAUAUCGAUCAUCAAUACCCCAACUUCACCAAAGACGAAUCAGAUAUGGCGGACCGUCGAAUGAAAGGUCUUAGGAACCAUAGCCGGUCAACGUCCAGCAAGCCUCAUAAGAGUGCUCACCCCCGCCAUCUACACUCGCGGGUCCCUCAAGCGUCCAGCAAUGCCUAUAAGACCUUAGAUAAUGAUUCCGAGGACUUUUCAGGCUAUACCAUUGGUCCUAACUGUUGGCGCGGGUCUUCUAGCAAUGUCAGCUCUUCGAAGGCUAAGGUUAGCGUCGAUGUAGCUGGGGGUCAGUUAACCGCAACCAGCGUCGAAUUUUCAACUCGAGCCGAAAAUGGGAGCCUUACUCCAUAUCCUUCUACUGAUACCCAUGCGGUCCUCUCUUCAUCGAUCCCUGCUACCACCCACAAAGAAGGCAACGCCAACACCACCACUGGCGUCAGCGACGUCUGGUAUCGAUCGUAUCAGCCGGGCCUUCCCUUAACGAGCGCUUAUAUGGACUCGACCUCCAUUUCUAGUAACGCGGAUCCGUACGGCCAGUUAAAUCCCCAUACCCAGAGCUACAGUUCAACACUAGACAGGUAUAGGACACUCGUGACAUAUUCGCCGCUGGCGUUAGACAUAGUGGGCAACCACGGCGAUACCACAUGGACGGAUAACGUAUCCAGUCAGUUCCAAGGCCCAUACACUCAUUACGAAGGAACCCAGCCGGAGUUUAAUGACUCCGGUGAUCCCCCGUAUGCGCGACGUUGGUCUAUACAGAACAACCAAGGUUCUACCGCUUCGGACUCGGCCAGUCAGGCCACGCAAGAUGAUGAUGAAACGAGACGGCAUGAGAACAUGAAAGGCUUCGAAGAAAAUGAAUUUCAGAGAAAUGUCAUUGGAGUUUUUAUGAAUGGCGAGAAGCCAUGGGCUUAUGGGUACAACAUGUCGUCUGGACAAGGCAGUCCCAUGAACAGAUACCCCUUUGUUAGAGGGGAAUGAGCCCAAUAUAAGGAAGCACGAGCUUCCACGCAGUAGAUGAAAUGUCCUAUCUGUAAGGGCCAGGGAAACAAGUUAAACAACACAAGCCUAGAGUUCUUUUUAUGGUGGAUAAGUUGCCAUGUUUAUGUUACAGGGCCAAAAAGUGCCAAACAGUGCCGUAUAACUAGACUGAGGAGUCGAAAAUUGCUGUGCGGGAUACAGUUUGUUUGAAUAGAAAGGAUGUACUUUUAGAUAAG